AUGAGCCUCUACCUAAAUAAGUCAUUUAAUGCGAAUAACUACCAGAGCUUCAGGCCUACAUACCCUCCAAGUCUGUAUGAAUGCAUUAUGCAAUACCAUCGCCUCACUAGAGGUACGGUAGUCGAUAUCGGCUGCGGUACCGGUAUUGCGACUUUCCCGCUUCUGAAGUACUUCGAGAAGGUUAUUGGCUGCGAUCCAUCAGCAAAGAUGAUUCAAAAUGCUGAGGAACAGCGCCAAGUGCUAGAAGAUGUGCAAAAGCAUCGGAUUGAAUUCAAAAUAAUUCCUGCUGAGAAGAUUUCGAGCGUUAUUCCUGAUAAAUCGGCAGAUAUGAUAGUCUGCGCAGAAGCGAUCCAGUGGGUGGACCAUACAAUUUUCUUCGAGACGGUUAGUAAAAUCCUGAAGCCUGGCGGCACCCUGGCGUAUUGGAUGUACGCAGAUCCAAUAUUUUUAGACUAUCCCGAAGCUAAUAAGCUUUUCCGUACUUUUGUUUACGAGGACCCAAAGUAUUAUGCUUCGUACUGGCCGCCAGAAAUGCAGUAUGUGAGGAAUCUUGGCAAAACGAUAGUCAUCCCCAAGGAUAAGUUCCAAGAUAUCACAGGGGAAGUAUAUAAUCCUCUCGACUGUGAUAAAAAGACAGCCUUUUCGAUUGCCCAAAACGAUUUUACUAUACAAAAGCUCAAAAACUGGCUUCGCACUUGGAGCAUAUAUCUUAAAUGGCAGGAAGCUAAUAGAGAUGCCAAUGUUGAUAUCACAGAUCUGCUCGUGGGAAAACUACAAGAGAAAUGCGGUUGGGAUGACAACACUAAGAUCAGAAUCGAAUGGCAGACCUGUUACUACUUAGCACGGAAUCGCACAACUUAG